AUGUUCGCCAAGUUGCAGCUGUUUAGGGACCUAACCAUCCGCAUACGCCGAGAGCAGAACGUCGCAGUGGUCAGCACACCGGACGAAGAACUAGCGGCAAAACUGCAGCUGAUCAAGUCUAUAUGCCUGGAAAACAAGCAGUACGAGGUUCAGGCCUAUGUGGCUGCUCCGGAUGCUUCCUGUAAAGGAGUCAUCUCCGGUAUAGAAAAGCACACAACCCCGACAACGCUGAUGACAAAUAUCCGAUCACCGAUGGCUCAGGUCCUGCAUGCAAGAAUGAUGGGAAAUUCAGCCACGGCCAUCAUCACGUUCUCUGGCAUUCGGGUUCCCCGGUAUAUCUACUAUUACGGAGCAGAAUACCGGUGCUACAUUCAUAAACCCCGACAGCAGCUGUGCAGCGUGUGCCUCUCCACGGGUCAUCGAGCAGAUGUUUGCCCAACCCCGGAUAAACCCCGGUGUGCUGCGUGCGGAACUUCCAACCCCUCCGAAGGACAUGAUUGCACGCUGAAAUGUUUUCAUUGUGGUGGUGAGCACCCCGCCACUGACUCUCGAUGUCCUGUAAGGCAACGCAAGCCCUUUAACAAGAGCCACGUGUUCCGAGAGCAGCAGAAAAUGGCGGAGCAACAACUUCAGCACGACAAGUCCAGCAAGGUAACGACAUUCAACGGUGCGGCACCUGCGACUACUGAUGCAACACGUGGUCGUCCUCGCUACCGAUCCAGGGGUCACAGCCAAUCCCAAAGUCGCAGUAGGUCCAGGGUCCGUAGGCCGUCCAAGGACCAGAAGCAACCACGUGGUCGAAGCCGAUCUGGGAGCCGCAGCCUGACGCAGCAGAAACAGCCAUCGAAGGAACCUCAGGCCGCGUGGACGAAAACGCCCGACCAUCACACCAGGAAGACGACAGCGGUGAGUUGGUCAGCGCAGUUUCCCCCUCUUUCCUCAUCCCUUCCUUCACCUCCGUCCGCACAGCAAACAAACAAACAAAACAAAAUGUCUCCCACAGCGACGCUUUCACUCACCCAGACACACACACUCGCACCUGAGAAACUCCCUCACAAUUCCUGCACCAAACAAGAAGUGUGCGAAAUGAUAGAGGAAAUGGCGACUAUUUUAAGAGCGGAGAUGCAAAAAAUGAAGGAAGAGAUCAUGGCUGAUGUCAAGCACAUGCUACAACAGGUCAUACAACAAGCCAUGACUGACAUGAAACAAUUCAUCAGUGCAACUUUUAGCUCAACUUUCAGCCAUCAAAACGACUCACUUCCACAUGACACUAACGCCACUAGAGAACCAAGAAGGUCACACCCUUAUACCCGUCCGGCUCGUACAACAACACCUGCCCUCACCGGCGAGGCGGUAUCAACCAAUCAUGGCCAGCAAACCUAAGAG